AUGAUUGACUGCAACACAUUUAAUUCACCGAGUGAUCCAAACAACAAACUUGUAACGUCAACAAAUGAUGAAGAUGUGCUGGUUGAUGUGCCCUACCAGGAAGCCAUUGGAAGUUUGCUUUAUAUAUCACAAGGAACCAGACCUGGUAUAAGUUAUUCGGUAAAUAUGCUAAGCAGAUUUAAUUCCAGACCUGGUUCUCAACAUUGGGCUGCUGUAAAACGAGUUAUGAGGUAUCUCAAGGGUACUCAAAAUUUUAAACUUGUUUUUGCAAAACAUCAAAACGAAAACGUAAUUGGAUUCUGCGAUGCUGAUUGGGCGUCAAACACCGAAGAUAGAAGAUCAUGUACAGGCUACGUAUUUAUGUUCCAAGGUGCUGCAAUAUCGUGGAGUUCCAGAAGACAGCAAACGGUUGCUCUGUCAACCAUGGAGGCGGAAUACAUGUCACUGGGUAGUGCAACGCAGGAAGCAGUCUGGCUGAAGCAGUUGGAAGACGAAUUGUGGCCCCACUUAAGGAAAGUUCCGAUUACCCUUUAUUGUGACAACCAGAACGCAAUCAAGCUCGCUUCAACAGAUGCCUUUCACGCUCGAAGCAAGCAUAUAGAUGUAAGGUUUCAUUUUCUCCGCAACAAAAUAGCGGCGAAGAAGAUAGAUGUCAAAUUUGUGGGUACUGAUGAAAUGACGGCGGAUAUUUUGACCAAAGCAACAUUCACACCAAAGCACCAGUAUUGCACCAAUAAAAUGGGUUUGCAUUUAAGAGGGGAUGAUGGGAAUAAAUGCUAA